AUUUAGUUUGCUCGUGACCGUGGCCCUUGACAGUUGUCUAUUUCAUUUCACUCAUUUCUCUUCACAUCGUCUAUUUGAUUUUACGCGUAUUUGAAAUGUGUUUUUGGAACCCGCUGUGCGUUUUGAUUUUGAAAUUUAAAUAAAAAAGGCGUUUUUUAAUAUUUGAAAAAUUUUGAUUUUGCGUAAACAUUGUUGAAGCGGAGUAUUUUCAGUUCACGUGCCGCCAAAAAAUCGCUCGGUGUUAAUUUUUCUUUUUGUGUUUAACCAGACAUUAAUUCAUUAUUUAAACAAAUAGAUUUUUUUUUAAAGUAAUAAAAUUUUACAAAAAUGGGUUGUGCUACGAAAACAAUUAAAUGUACAUUAUUUAUAUUCAAUACACUAUGGGCCAUUUUGGGUGUCCUUUUACUGCUCUUAGCUGGUUUCGGUUGGGAUGCAAUGCCCCAGAAUUACGCCAUCGGUAUCAUAGCAUUGGGUUGUGUCAUACUUCUAACAUUUUUAUUCGGAUGCUUUGGAGCCGUACGUGAAUCUGCACGUAGUUUAUGGACUUAUGCCGUUAUGCUGCUGAUACUUUUGGUUCUGACAAUCGUAUUUAUUUGUUACAAUACACGAGAUGUAUUUAAAAAUUACGCCCUUAAGGAAAUUGAUGAUUUGUGGGAUCAAGAGAUUAUACAGUCAGGAGCCAUGGAUAGCAAACAAAUUAUUUAUGAAUGUUGUGGUCGCAAUUCAUUUGCGGAUUAUGGACGCAUUAAUCGCCAACUGCCUUCAAGUUGUUGCAAGGAUGGCAACUGCAUUAAUCCCCUAAAUGUUUAUGUCACUGGCUGUUUGACCAAAGUCGAGGAAGCCUUUUCGAAUGAAUCUUUAACUACCGAAAUUUCUGAAUGGUGUCUGCUGGGUUUAAAUAUCAUUGUUCUGGUAUUGUCAACAAUACUGGCCAUUCAUUAUACAAAUCAAAGACGUCGUUAUAACUAUUGAUGAGAUUAUUCCACUAAUUUAUUUGUUCUCUAUUAUAUUUUAUUUAUUAUUAUGAUUAUUUUUGUUGUUGUAAUAUCUUUUUAUUUGAUUUUUUUAUACAAACAUAAAUAAAAAAAACAAACUUGCCACUACCUCUUUAAUUAAUUUAAAAUUAAAGUCACAUGUACCUAAAAGAUACAUUUAAAUGGAUUUGUGAAAGUAGAAUAAUUAUAAAUUCAUACAAACUCAUACAUAUACAAAAAAAACACAUACAAAUAUCAAUUUAAUCACAUAAUCAUAUGGAAACAUUUUAUGUUAUAAAAAAAAAACUUAAUUCUAGA